AUGGCACCAUUGUUGCUUGACUACGUGGUCAUCUUCUUCAGCCAGCGAGAGUGGACUUUGCUGACUGUUGCUCAAAAGAGACUCUACAGGGAGGUGAUGAUGGAAAUCUUAGACAACCUGGAUUUCAUAGGCCGUGAACACAUGAAUGAUGGAGAAGCAUUAUCCCCUGAAUGUACUCAGCUGGCAUUCUUAAGGACUACCCACCCUUGGUCUUCCAUGUUAUGGAAAGUGGUAAAACUCUGUGGCAAAGAACAUCUACAUAAACUCAAAGAGAACUGUUGGAGAAGUAAAACAGUCCAGGAGCUGUCUGAAGGGAUUGAAGACCCUUACCCUGGGAAAAUGCGCAUCAGAUUUCCAAGUUAUUCCUGCAACCGUGUCGACAUAAACCUGUUGAGGAAUGACCUUGGUGACACCGACCAUGAAUGUAAGAAAUGUGGCAAAGAUUUUUGUACCUUCUCUUCAUUUUGGAUCCAUGUGGUAGAUGAACAUGAACUUACAGAAUGUGCUGAGACCUGCAGGAAUCCUUUCCCUUUAGUUUCCAAAGAAGCAUUUAAGUUUUUAGAAAAGUUUUAUGAGUGUAUUGAAAAGGGGAAACCCUUUUCUUCUUCUGCCCUGCUUACUAGUACAUUAGACAGCACAGGAAAGAGAAACAUUGAUCGUGUAGAGAAGCCGUAUAAUUGUAAGGUAUGUGGAAAAUGUUUUCCUUCUUUGUCAUGCCUUAGGAGACAUGUAAGAACACAUACAGAUGAGAAACCUUAUGAGUGUCACCAGUGUGGGAAAACCUUUCAUGUGCUUUCUCUUUUAACUCUCCAUUCCAAAUUUCACUCAGGAGAGAGACCUUUUCAAUGUAUGGAAGGUGAGAAAACAUUUUCAUGGUUGGAUCACCUCGUUAAACAAAGAGGAAUUCACACAAGUGAGGGAAAAUAUGAAUAUAAGGAAUGUGGGAAAGGAUUUUUAAAAUCCGGGGACCUCUUUAGACAUAGAAGAAUUCACGGAAGACAGAGACCUUAUAAAUGCAAGCAAUGUUUGAAGACCUUUUGUCACUUGUCUCAUCUUAGAAGACAUGGAAGAACACACACAAGAGAGAAGCCUUUUGAAUGUAAAAAAUGUGGGACACCAUUCCCACGGUUAGGUGAUCUCAAGGAACACAGAACAGUUCACACAGGGGAGACACCUUAUAAAUGUACAGAAUGUGGCAAAACAUUUUCUGAAUCAGGUAGCCUCACGUCACAUCGAGCAGAAUGUGGGAAAACCUUUCUCCGAUCCGGUCACCUCUCUGAACAUAGAAGAAUUCACAUGGGAGAGAGACCUUACGAAUGUCAGGAAUGUGGGAAAACAUUUACCCAGUCACAUCAGCUCACUCAGCAUAGAAGAAUUCACACAGGAGAGAGACCUUAUGAAUGUCAGGACUGUGGGAAAGCAUUUUCACAGUCAGGUCAUCUCACUUUACAUAGAAGAGUUCACACAGGAGAGAGACCUUUUAAGUGCCAAGACUGUGGGAAAACAUUUUCACAUUCAAGGAAGCUCACCGUACACAGAAGAAUUCACACAGGAGAGAGACCUUACAAAUGUCAGGACUGUGGGAAAACAUUUUCACUAUCAGAUAGGCUCACUCAACAUAAAAGAGUUCACACAGGAGAAAGACCUUACGCAUGUCAGGACUGUGGGAAAGCGUUUUCAGAUUCAGGUACCCUCACUGUACAUAGAAGAGUCCACACAGGAGAGAGACCUUUCCAAUGUCAGGAAUGUGGGAAAACAUUUACACAAUCAAGUCACCUCACUGAACAUAGAAGGAUUCAUUCAGGAGAGAGAAGAGUCCACACAGGAGAGAGACCUUUCCAAUGUCAGGAAUGUGGGAAAACAUUUACACAAUCAAGUCACCUCACUGAACAUAGAAGGAUUCAUUCAGGAGAGAGACCAUAG